AUGAGCGCAGAGCCCUCAACGGAUCCGACGUCUGCUCAGUCAUCCCACGUUCCUCUAGAUGCCAACAUCCUCGCUUAUUGGAAACAUCCGAACUCUGUUGUUCUUCCAUACCUUUGUGUGACGGAUGAGGAAGACAUAUUCAGCCUAAUGCGCGGUGUUGUUUAUCAGCGGUCCACUUGGGGAAUUUCUGCACCUGUAAUUGGAAUUAUUCUGUCAAAUAUAGGAUUCGUUGGCCGCGUGGUGCUGGGUUGGCUUGACAAAGAGUGCACCGACCCUGACGUUUUACCGGAAGUUCGAUUUGCGUAUGGAGAUGAGACGCGUACAGACGCGUCGUUGGGAGUGUACGAUCUCACUGAUCCAGUUAGUGCUCUUAAAUUUGGGCAAUUUAUUAUCAGUCUCCGCGCGCAUGUCGAGGGAAUCGUGGCCCAGUGCCAGACACCGGCAUUCAAACGAAUUUCGUGGAGAUCAGAUACUAUCGAUGAUGACAAUUGCGGGUCCGAAGAACAAUGGAAACAAAGGAUCGUUAGUUGGCUUAAAACGGUUGAAAGAUGCUGCGCGGACCACAGAGAACCCCCUAACUGCUGCUCAUCCACCAUGGCUGACCCCGAACGUCGUGUGACACGGGCCUCUUCAAAGUCCAGGUCUGCACCUCGUCCGAGGCGCUCUAUGUCUGCGGACAGUAAACGUGAACGUCACCCAGCGGAGGAUGUCGGUCUCCCACACAGUCGGGAACCUUCCCUCGGAGCUGCCGGUUCGAAGACUCCGUCGGAUAGAGCGUCUGCUCAGCCUGCAGAACGUGAACGGCAAGAAGUAAGUACAGAUGGUGGAUCUUCCAAUAAGGGAAAGACCGGUAAACGAUCAAAGAGCGCAGGUGCGUUGUCCUGCUCAGAACUGGGUGCGAAGCCCUUGUAUGGCAUAUCCCCUGCUGCAAAGUUGUCCUUCUCGAGCUAUGCACACGACCGUAAAAUCAUCAGCUUAACAAAUGUAAAGUUAAAAACGGAUGUUAAGAAGGAAGACAAGGCCCCAGAUACCAAGGAAUCAGGGCCCGACAAAUUGGACAUCAUUACAUCGGAGAUCGAUGAGAUGCUGCAAUUUUAUGAUGAGAUGACCCGAUAUUUGAAGCCACCUAUCGCUGAGCAUGGACUGCCUGCCGUUGACAAACGGGUCGAAGUUGUGCGAGAGCAUUUUCUUGGACAAACAAGCGAAUACUCUAAUGGCAGCAAUACUCCCGAGCUUUCCCAGGAAUUUUGGGAGAUUAUCUCUGGCUGUUUCUCGUCUCUCUUGUGGGCAUCAGUUAGUGGCUACUCAAAAGAGCGGGGAGGUAAGUCUAUCAAUGAGGCUGAAGCCCGCCAUGAGUGGGAUAUUCUGCUCAAUUUUGGAUUUGUGAACACCGGUGAACUAGCCUCUGGAAGAGUAGUUUUGGAAAGAGCGCUAUCGCUGUCUCGUGAUAUUGCCGCAGAUUUAGCAAAAGCAUCCACCCGGCUCAACGGCGAGGUAUUCGAGGAUGUUGCGGACCAAGCGUAUCAGAUCAGUCUACAAGUUCAACAAGCCUUGAAUCGCCGUCCCAGUUCUUCUCGAGCUGCGACCAAUCUUCUCCUUCAGGCAACAGAUGCCGUCGGUGUUGCUCUGAGGAAUAAAGUGGCUGUAUCAGAACUCUUCGAAAAUGCGAGAGCAGCCAAGAACGCCAUUUUAAAGCAUGCUGACGCAGAGGCCGGAGCUAGGUAUUGUUGAUGCGGUUCUGACGAUACCGCUGGAGCAUGGCCAAAAAAAAUCCGGAAUCCCUUGUUCGCAUCACAGAAUCCCGCGAAACCGUUCAAGCUGCUCGGACACUGAAUGCAGAUUACAUUGCCGAGCUAGAUAACAAAUCUAUGUCGGAAAAGCGUCCGUCGAAGUCGAACAAUCACACCAAAAGUCCAGGUCACCCCGAGUUG